CCCGUCCCUUCAUUUACCCUUAGGCAAUCACUCUUCCUUUUUCUUAUCAUCUCUUUCCUCUCCCGUAUAGUCUACCGAAUUUGAGGACAUGCUCCUCUAUCAAUUUUCCGGCUCGUUAAAAUCAAUUUGUUGGAAGCAAGUUGGAUCCAGAACAUUUCUUGGACUUCCUGAAGCCUUAUGUAAUUACGAAUGGUUGCUUUUCUUUUUUAAAUUAAUUUAUUUGUAUUUCAAUAAUAAGCCUCUUAGUGCUCUUCGUAUUUCAAUAAGUUGGAGAUCAUCUUGCCUGGAAUUUGGAGCAAAUGGUCCGUACUUCAUUUUGGGGUUUCCUUUCCGUCAUUCAAGUAGAAGGGUUAAUGAGUCCGGUCAACCAUACAUAUUUCCAUUCCUUAUUCCUUGUGCCAGUCAACAUUGACUAAAUAAAUAGGGACGGAGGGAGUAUUAUAUUGUACUCUUACGUAUCAUUAUUGGACUAUCUGCAUUAUUGUAUAGCUUCAUUAUUUGAUGAGUUGUAGUUGCUAUAUAUACAUGCAUUGCAUGUCAUUUACGAGAUAUGCAAAUAGAAGACUUUCUAUUA